AUGUUGGCAGCCUUGCUAAAAGAAACUAGAGAAAGGGGAGAAAUACUCCGAAAAUCACUAAAGGAAGAUUUACGAGAAUCAUUAGAGAAAGGUUUACAGGAAACUAACGCAUCGUUAGAGAAGCGUUUACAAGAAACUCACGCCUCGUUAGAGAAGAGUGCACAAGAAGCUCGAGAAAGGGAAGAAAUAUUUCGCAAAUCAUUAAAGGAAGAUUUGCAAGAAACUAUAGCACAAGAGAUCAAAACAUCGCAGAUGAAGAUGGAAAUACAGGAGCUACAAGAACAGUUGAAAAUGGAUAUCAACGAGAGAGAGAAUAAGCUGCAGAAGAGUAUAGACCAAGUCCAGGGAGACGUGGAGAAGGUGGAAGGAAAGUUAGCAAAAAAGAUAGAAGACGAUAUUGAAGAAACGAAAGCCGAAUUGGGAGAAAGAAUCAACGAAGUGGAAACAAACUGCAAUCAUCGAAUCGCCGAGGUGACGCAGAUGCAGAAACAAUGCAAUGAUGCGGUUAAGGGGAUAGGAGAUAGACAAAACCAACUAGCUGUCAAUCUGAGAAAUGCUAUAGCCGUGCAACGAGAAGAGGAUAACAAGAGGGUUGAACUGGAGGUCAGGCAGUUACAACACGGAGUGCAGCAAUUGGAGAGCAAGACAGAAGAAAUUGAUAAACGAAUUAGCAAUGCCACCUUAGCCAUUGGGGGAGAGGAAGAGGUGGUGGCCAUAGGUACAGGAACCAUGGUGGUGAACGUCAAUGGAGAAACGAUUGGAGAAGAAGUGAAGAACCAAGAGAUCAUGAGAGAAGAUGGGAUAGGCGAAUGA